UCUGGUUGGUAUACCCAAACCUCGACUACUCUAAUUGCAGCUUCAAGGAGUAUGAUUAAAAAUUUACAAUCCAUAUUACCAUCCAAAGUCCGUACUAUCGCCCCACAUCAUUAUUCAGCCUAUGUAUAUUAGCUCGAAUGCGAAGUAUCUUUCUCAACACUCUUCCAUCAUGAAGUUUCAUGCCAUCGAGCUUUUCAAUGGAAAAACCUCAUCACCCAACAUCCCCAAACAGGUUUUCCAACUAGCCCUUACCUUGAUUUUCCUCAGCAUAAUCUCUCUUUGCUUGAACAGAAACACGCACUCAUCAUUUUCCUUUCCUAAGUUAAAUUUCCAAGGUUUGAGAAGCAUAGGAUUUCACAAGGAAUGUGAUAUAUUUAUUGGAAAAUGGGUUCCAUUCCCCAGGGGGCCUUAUUACACAAAUGCAAGUUGUAGUUUGAUCACUGAUCAGCAAAACUGCAUCAAGUUUGGGAGGCCUGAUACCGAAUUCAUGAAAUGGAGGUGGAAACCGGAUGAAUGUGAGCUACCUCUCUUUGAUGCAGUUCAGUUCUUGGAGCUUCUCAGAGGGAAGUCACUGGCCUUUGUCGGCGACUCCGUGGGAAGGAAUCAAAUGGAGUCAUUGUUGUGCCAAUUGGCUAGUGUGGUUUAUCCCGAGGAUAUCUCUUAUAAUAUGUCAGACACAGACUUCAAACGCUGGUUUUACGCUGACUACAAUUUUACUUUAGCGACACUUUGGUCUCCAUAUCUGGUUAAAGCACGUGACGCAGACCCCAGCGGUCAUUCCUCCAACAGCAUCAUGAACCUCUACUUGGACAAGGUUGAUGAGGCAUGGGCGGCAGAGAUCACAAAAUUCGACUAUGUAGUCAUCUCAGCCGGACAAUGGUUCUUUCGACCCCUAAUGCUUUAUGAAAGUGGUCAACUUAUUGGGUGUCACAAGUGCCAAAAAGAGAACGUCACAGACCUUGUAGCCUACUACGCAUACAGGAAGGCCUUUCGAACCGCAUUUAGAACCCUCCUAAACCUUAAAGAUUAUAAGGGGGUGACAUUUUUGAGGACAUUUUCUCCCGCACACUUCGAGAAUGGGGACUGGAAUAAUGGAGGCAGUUGUGUGAGGACAAGGCCCUGUACCAAGGAGGAAUUCAAGUUAGAACGAUAUUAUAUUAUGCAAAUGUACUCGACUCAAGAGGAGGAACAAAGGGCAGCAGCAAAGGAAGGGAGGAAGAGAGGUUUGCAAUUCAGGCUGCUAAAUACAACAGAAGUUAUGUUGCUGAGGCCAGACGGACAUCCAAAUCGUCUGGGGCACUCGCGGCAUGGGAAUGUGACAGUAGCAGACUGUGUCCAUUGGUGCUUGCCAGGCCCUAUUGACACAUGGAAUGAGUUUUUGCUUUAUAUGUUGAGGAGGGAAGAUCAGACUGCAUUCGGAAGGAAACUACAGAAAACUGCUUAGAAAUUUAGAGACAUAUAUAUACAGUAAUACAUGUCUCUGUACCAUUUAUUGAUUCUUUCCCUUAUAGAAAUAUGCGCUAUAACCUACAUUUUUAUCAAA